AUGUAUCACGCAGUGCAUCCAAUGAUUACCGAGUAUCAACACGGAUUCAUGCGGAAACGAUCUACUACGACUAACCUCAUGGUGUUUGUCAACUCACUGAUUAAAUCAAUUGAGAAAAAACGUCAAGUUGAUUGCAUCUACGUGGACUUCAGCAAGGCGUUCGACAAAGUUCCUCAUCUACUCGCUGUCGACAAAUUGAAAUGUAUGGGGUCACCGGACUGGGUUACACAAUGGCUGCAGUCCUAUUUGACCGAUCGCACUGCCUUUAUUAGAGUCAAUUCGCCCAGCUUUGAAAUACCGUCGAGGGUUCCUCAGGGAAGCCACCUUGGACCACUAAUCUUCAUCCUGUUUGUCAACGACCUCUCUACCCGUCUGAAAUCGUCGAAACUUAUGUUUGCCGACGAUCUGAAAAUAUUCCGUGCAAUUGAGUCUAAUCUCGACUGUUGUGCCCUCCAGCAAGAUAUUGACUAUCUUUUGCACUGGUGCACUCUGAAUGGCAUGGAAGUUAACAUAUCCAAAUGCAGUGUUAUCUCCUUCACCCGCUUGCGCGAUCCCUCGUACGUUGACUAUUCAAUGGGAAACAACAAUCUCCUACGAGUUUCCACGGUUCAGGACCUGGGAGUAGUAAUUGACUCAAAAUCCUCCGGAAGUUCUUCCAGGAGUUCCUCCGGAAGUUCUUCCAGGAGUUCCUCCGGAAGUUCUUCCAGGAGUUCCUCCGGAAGUUCUUCCAGGAGUUCCUCCGGAAGUUCUUCCAGGAGUUCCUCCGGAAGUUCUUCCAGGAGUUCCUCCGGAAGUUCUUCCAGGAGUUCCUCCGGAAGUUCUUCCAGGAGUUCCUCCGGAAGUUCUUCCAGGAGUUCCUCCGGAAGUUCUUCCAGGAGUUCCUCCGGAAGUUCUUCCAGGAGUUCCUCCGGAAGUUCUUCCAGGAGUUCCUCCGGAAGUUCUUCCAGGAGUUCCUCCGGAAGUUCUUCCAGGAGUUCCUCCGGAAGUUCUUCCAGGAGUUCCUCCGGAAGUUCUUCCAGGAGUUCCUCCGGAAGUUCUUCCAGGAGUUCCUCCGGAAGUUCUUCCAGGAGUUCCUCCGGAAGUUCUUCCAGGAGUUCCUCCGGAAGUUCUUCCAGGAGUUCCUCCGGAAGUUCUUCCAGGAGUUCCUCCGGAAGUUCUUCCAGGAGUUCCUCCGGAAGUUCUUCCAGGAGUUCCUCCGGAAGUUCUUCCAGGAGUUCCUCCGGAAGUUCUUCCAGGAGUUCCUCCGGAAGUUCUUCCAGGAGUUCCUCCGGAAGUUCUUCCAGGAGUUCCUCCGGAAGUUCUUCCAGGAGUUCCUCCGGAAGU